AAUUUGGUGGAUGGUGAAAGGAAUCAUUAAAAAAACAUUUCAACUUCAAAGAGAAAUAGAAUCCUUACCUGCGGUGAAGAUUUAGUUAUAUAUGUGUAUGCAAAAGAAUAUAAAGGUAACUGAUAAAUAUAUAAAUAUUCUGUUAAUUAACAUUAAAGAUAUUUUUUGUUUAAAAUAACACAUGAAAGAUAAAAUUCUUAAAUAAAAUUAAGUAAAAAUAAAAUAAGCUUGGACAUUAGUGAUUUUUUUUGCAAAUUGUCUUUCUAUGUAAAACCUUCGUAUAACCCGUGGAAUCUUGCACGUGAGUUUUAUAUUGAUAAACUCUGUAAGUAGUACAUAGUGUGAAUACAUUUAUGUAAAGUUUGGCUGAGAAACUCUAUACACGUGCCACGUCAGCAUACUUAUUCUCAAAUCAUUAUCACUGUAAAGCUACCACGCGGCGAAAAUAGUGUGAACACAUUAAUUUCAAAUGUUUAUCUUUUAAUAUAUAAGGGAUUUAAAUUAUUUAGUUGGGAUAUGAAUAUAUUUGAAGAAGAUCUUCACCAUUAAUAUGUACUUAUCACUAAGGGAUAAGAGCAUAUAUCCUACGACUUUAUCUAAAUCAAUAAAAUCAAAUUGGGACUUGGAUAUCAAGUUUUCUCCUUGGCCUAGGUCAAAAAGCUAGAAACUUGAAAAAAAGGUAAUAUGGAUCCGAUGGAAUCUGAAUUGCACAAUGGCUUUGCGACCUCUGACGAUAACUCCGCCUACGACGACCAUGGAUGGAAGGAAGUGGUGGAGUACAAUGGCUUUCAGACAUCUGACGCUAACCAUCACGAGUACAAUGAAUGGAAGGAAGUCGUGUACACUAAGCGCAACCAGAAGCAAAACCCGGAGGAUAAGGAGGCGAACGGUGACGUUUCCGACAAUAUUGUUCCUGACGGAAGCAAGAAAGCUGAGGAUCAAAGACAAGCGGCCAAGUUGGUUGUUGCUGAUGUGGAGGAAGAACAGAAUGGUUCCCGUGCCGCUAGGGAUGAGAACGUGAAGGCUGGGGAAAUUAAAAAGCCGAAACCUAGGAGGAAGAAGAAGAAGAAUACAAAAGUGUCGCUGUCCGAAGCUGCGGCAAAGAUCGAUCCUUCACAUCUUUCGGAGUUCCUUGUAAAACAAGCAUUGGAACCUGGUACGAGUCAGCUAGUGGAAUUUCUCGAGUACUUCGAGACAGCAUUUUCCCAAGUAUCAGCUGUUCAGUUUCCAUGGAUGGAGAUGUUCAAUAACAAUUGUCCUUUGUCCACAGUGAUCGAUGUUCCAUUAUCUUAUAUUCCUGAACCUGUCUACAACGCAUCAGCCGAUUGGAUAGACCAGCUUCCAGACAUUAAAGUCUCUAACUUUGUGAAGUGGGCCUCUAAGAACAUUCGCACUGAUUUGGCAGAAGAAGAAGAAGUCAUCAUAGACUGUGAGAAGGAUGAGUUCCAUGAAAAGGUGGCGUUAUACGUUGCAUUAGCAAUGGUGUUACGUAGGAAACCUCAUUCUUUGACUGGUUUAUUGCCUGCUAUGUGGACGGAUAUUUCGGCUAAGUAUCGAAAACUAGACGAAGUUCCAUUUACAGUUUGGAUGAUGGCUCAGGCCUCCCAAGGUGAUUUAUAUGUAGGCUUGCAUUCAUGGGCGCAUAUCUUGUUACCACUAGUGGCUGAUAAGAAGUGCAACUCUCAGUCCAGGGAUUACAUUCUGCAACUGGUUGAGAACAGUUUGUCGAAUCCAGAGGCUAGUACCAUACUUGUGAAUGGGACUCUUAGUGAGGGAAAGCGACUGAUUCCACCUCAUGUAUUUGAGGGCUUGCUUCGACUUACAUUCCCUGCUUCAUCCGCAAGAGUAAAGGAUACAGAGAGGUUUGAGUCAAUCUAUCCCUUGUUGAAAGAAGUGACUCUUGCCGGUGCGCCAGGAAGCGAGACAAUGAAACAGAUAUUCACUUCUACUCUGAAGUUAGCCGGAGAAGGAAAUGCUAUUUUAGCCAAUGAAGCUACAUCAAUCGCUAUCUGGUUGGUGGCCGAAGACCCUGAUUGCUUCAACCUCUGGGACAGUAUCUAUAAUGAGGAGAAUCUUGAAGCUAGUGUUGCUCUUCUUAAGAAGCUUGUAGACGAAUGGAAGGAUCAUUCCCUCAAAUUAUCAUCAUCACCAGGUGAUAUCCUCACUCUCAAACGAACUAUCAAGAGCUUGAGGAAAAAGAAUGAAAAAGCCAUCACUGAAGGAAGAGCCAAUGCUUCUCUUUACAUAGAAGCUGACAAGUCAUGCAAAGUGAUCUCGGGUAGACUCUCCCGUGGAUGUGGCUGCCUCAUAUGUACAGCCAUUACUGCUGUGCUUCUAGCUGCUGCUGCGAUAACAACUGGUUCGUUUUUAUGAUCAGAAAAGUUGAGAUUUGAGAGACUAAAAAUAGCUCGCAAGUUUGUACAUAUUUGUUCUUUUCAGACCUUUUUAAUAAGAAUUCUUUCUAGACUUGUUUAAUUUAUGUCCAGAUAAAUUAUUUCUUCUUUUCUUUUAUAGUGAGUGACAUGAAAUUUAUUUUCUCUAUUAUAUGCUUUGAGUUUGGAAAUCAAAGUUUUGUCAGGAAGGAAGGUAACAAUAAGUAUUUCCAACUCUUAUCUAUAAAAUGCGUAUCUACAAAUCUGUUCUUUCAAUGGCUUAUAUUUAUGAAAUUAUUUGUCUUACUUUUGCAUCCGAAGAAGUACAGAAACAUAGAGGGAAGAAGAUAAAGGACAAACAAAAGAGCUUUCUCUGCAACAAACUUAGAACAAGAGCAGAACCGUAAAGAAUCUGAAAACAAGUGGUAUGUUUAAUUCUUCUCUUAUGUUACUUUUUAAAUAUCUUUAUUUUGUUUUUGUAGCUUUGAAGAAAUCA